UUGCAGAAGUUAACCGAAGCUGAAAAAACCGUACGACAUAAACGUGCGAUCCGUCCUCUUAACGAAUCUCGGUCUCCUUCACCUACCUCUCAUGUGAGAAUAAUUCCUCCACUCACCGUUUGCAACAAGAGGAAUGUGUACACUACGCCGAACGUUGCUGAAUCGAGUUUGGUUGGAUACGAAUUUGACAAUGAUAGCAACAUUCUUCGCACUCCCGAUCGGGCACCAACUCCGCGUUUUUGUCAAAAGAAAACGGGAGUAAUUGCUCGUCUCCGUGAAAUAAGCGCUUCUGGUCUGGCAAAGAAACGAUCUCAAUCUCAACCAAACCGUGCAUCGUCAGGUGUGCGACUAGCUAAGAAACUGGCUCGUACGAAGAUUCUCAAAAUUCAAUCUCCCAGAAGACCUCUUCUCAACUCCACUGUUCAAAGCACCAGCGAUUAUGCAAAUCUGUCAAGGAAUGAUACAUAG